GGAUAAAAUUCUUUAAAAUGGUGGGGGUGUGUAGCUUUUGCAUAAGUAGUGCGUUUCCGCAAACGUCAUGGCACUUGAACGUGAGAGCGAGUAGAAUCGUUUAAUAGUCAUAAAAGUGAAAUAAUUUUGAAUAAAUAUCAAAUUUGAUUCCGUUACAAGCCACUCUAAAUUCAUCUAACAACAAAGUGUAAAAAAAUAUUUACUUCAGUGAAAAAUAAAUCACAAAAACAAUGACUACUCAACAAGAAUUGGACCACUGUUAUGACUUUGUUAUGAAGUUAACAAUAGAAUCCGCAAAGAUCAUCAGGGAAGCAAUUCAAGGAAAGAAAACUAUUGAAACUAAAGCUGGUGAUUGGGAUUUGGUAACUCAGUACGAUAAAAAAGUCGAAGCGGUUUUGAUUGCUGGAUUGGCUAAAGAAUUUCCUGCUCACAAGUUUAUUGGAGAGGAAACAGUUUCCAAAACAAAUGUUCUACCAGAGCUUACAGCAACCCCAACAUGGAUAAUCGAUCCAAUUGAUGGUACUACAAAUUUUGUUCACGCAUUUCCACACACUUGCAUCUCAAUUGCCCUAGCAGUAAACCGAGAGCUUGAGAUAGGCAUUGUUUACAAUCCAGUCCUUGAACAAAUGUUUACAGCGCGACGAGGACGUGGUGCUUAUCUGAACGGAAAACGUAUUAAAAGCUCUGACGUCUCUGACUUGCGACAUUCUUUGGUAUGCAUUGAAGCAUCUUAUGCUGCAAUUGAAGACAUCAGAGACAUCCUAUUGGGUAGAAUAGAAGCAUUUGUAUCAAUUGCACAUGGAAUAAGAACUCUCGGUUCUGCAGCCUUAACCUUAUGUCAUAUAGCAAUGGGAGCUGCUGAAGUCUACCAUACCGAUAAUUUAAUGCCGUGGGAUGUAGCUGCUGGUGUUUUAAUCAUUCGUGAAGCUGGGGGAUCAGUAAUUGAUACAUCGGGUGAUAAAUUUGACAUCAUGAAGCCAAAAGUUUUAGCAAUGGGUACCAGAAAAUUAGAGUCUGAAUUAGUAAAGCUUAUUCGUGCCGCUGAUGCUAAAACCUAUCGUAAAAGAUUGAUGGCUAGCCAGAUAGUUGAAUAAAAAUUUUAAUCAACAUAAAUGGCUUUAAUAAAAAAUUAUUUGUCAUCAGCAAAUGCGAAAAGUUUGCUAAUUCUUCUGUUAUUAUACAUAUUGAAGACUCGUCAAGAUUGGAGCAGACCAACGAUUAAUUAAUGGCGUUAAUUGUUUGAAAGUCAGAGUUAAACUAGCACAAAGACUCCAAGUUAGUUCUCAGGGAGUAAGCAAUCUAUUCUGGUUUAUCUGUUAAUACUAUUAUUAUUUAUUAUUUUCAUUCUUUAAUAUUUGAUUAAAUAUUCAAUAUUGAAAUAA